CCACAUCGCGGCUGCGCGGUUGAGGGGCAGCCUAUAUAAGCUCGAGUUGGACAUGGUGACUUGCCAGCCUUCUGACGGCGCACAGGAGAGUAGAAGCAGACUUGCCCUUGUCCUAAUCCCUUCUCUUACUUCUACAACCAAAGAUCCCCCUUCGCCAACAUGUCCCGAACCUUCAUGCUGAUUUUCGCCGUCUUAGCCUGCUCUCUUCUCAUCUCCGUGCAUAACACGGAGGCGGCGCCGUCCUGCGGGGCAUCCAGAUCCCAGGUUGACGCGUCCACCUGCAAGCACGGCACCGUGGAGGACUGGUGCCGCAACGUCGUCUGCGCCAAGGGCCCCGGCGAGGAGUGCGGCGGCGAGUGGGGCGAACUCGGCAAGUGCGGCGGCGGCAUGUACUGCUCGUGCGGCUUCUGCUCGGGCUGCAACACCAACCUGGAGUGCUGGUUCGGCCACUUCUGCUAGGGCUUCCGCCUCUGCCACAGCCCGGCCGCUUCUCCCUCCCCCGCUUCCUCCUUGGGCUCCCCUCGCUGCCCGGGUCCAAGGGCCGCCCCACCGUCGAGCUGAACGUGGGCGGGCCGCCUCGGGUCCCUCUCGGGCCUUCUCCUUGGAUAUGAAACGAAGAUACUACACUUACGGUCACAUCGGGUUCGAGUCAAGGUCUGCAAGAGAAAAUGAUGCCUCUUGAGAUGCAAACGUCCUCGCAGGAGGUUGCUGAAGUUCUCUGGCCCUUCCGUCGGUGAUCGCGAAGGAGCCUCAGUGCCAGGCUCCGUCGCGGGGGUUUCACCUUCACUUUACCUGAGCAACGUUGACAACUGCAGUCGAAUGGUAAACGUUUCACAUCUACUGGACGAAAGUGUAUUUUGCUAUUUUUAUAUACCCAAUUAUAUACACCAAAAAAACGAUGGAAGCUGAGCGUUGUUAUAUGUUGCACAUUUAAUCUUGUGAUAAAGGAGUACAAAUAAUAUUAGACGUCUUAAGUGGCUAGUUAAGGCCACCCCCUCUCCCUGACCUAUGUAAUAAGGACCCCCCCUCCCCCCGGCCCCAUCACACCGCCCGCAGAAGUGCCAUGGGUUCGACCGCCGCGACGCCGCCGACCCUGACUGCCCCAUCCUGUUCAUCCCAGCAGCUGCUCGUUAUCAAUACUCAUCCUCUCCAGCUAAAGAGCAUUCUCUGGCUGUGCUUCGUCUCUCUCUCUCUCUCUCAUUCUACACACACACACACACACACAAUCUUUCUUUCUUUCAGCACAGAUCUCCACUACUCACCCCAUCGCCCAUUAAGAGAAUUAUUGUAUCCAACGGUUUCGAAACCUGUCCUAUAACAAUAAUUAAUGAAAGCAAGUCCCACAGUGCAGUAAAAACCAUGCAAGUGAAGGGAAAAACUAACCCUCUUGCAUCGUCCUGUUAUCCUGCACUGCUCUUUUGUCCCCCAAAGGCUUAUACAAGUGUAUUUCAUUUUAUUCACAAUAAAGGUCGUAAACAUCAA